AAUAUUUUAUAAUCAUAUUUGAUAAUAUAGUAACAUGAUGGCAACAACAAUUUGAAAACAAAACGUAGUUUCUUAAUUUAAGACAUUAAAUACUUACUGUAAAAUAGAGACUGCACAAAAGAUAAUUACAAUGAUGAAUGCUAAGCAAAUUCGACAAGCUUAUAUUGACUUUUUUAAAAGCAAAGGUCAUGAAUAUGUUCAUUCUAGCUCUACAAUACCACACGAUGAUCCAACAUUAUUAUUCACAAAUGCUGGAAUGAACCAGUUUAAACCAAUAUUUUUAGGAAGUGUGGAUCCUAAUAGCGAUAUGGCAAAGUGGGUAAGAGUUGUUAAUAGUCAGAAAUGUAUUAGAGCUGGAGGAAAGCACAAUGAUUUAGGAGUUGGAAAAGAGGUUUAUCAUCAUACAUUUUUUUGAGAUGAUGGGAAAUUGGUCAUUGGAGAUUAUUUUAAAAAAGAAAUUUGUACUUGGGCCUGGGAAUUUUUAACAGUUACAUUACAAUUACCAGCAGAUCAAUUGUAUGUAACUUACUUUGGAGGUGAUGAGAAAAAUAAUUUAGAUUCUGAUGAAGAGUGUAAAGAGAUUUGGCUUUCUUUAGGGGUGCCUCCUAGACAUAUAUUACCAGGAAAUAUGAAAGAUAAUUUUUGGGAGAUGGGAGAGACAGGUCCAUGUGGACCAUGUAGUGAGAUACAUUAUGACCGUAUUGGCAAUAGACAGGCAGCUCAUUUAGUGAAUCAGGAUGAUCCUGAUGUUUUAGAAAUUUGGAAUCUUGUAUUUAUACAAUUUAAUAGAGAAUCUGAUGGAUCUUUAAAACCAUUGCCAAAAAAACAUAUUGAUUGUGGUCUGGGCUUAGAAAGAUUAGUAUCAGUUAUACAGAAUAAACGUGCUAAUUAUGAUACAGAUUUAUUUGUGCCCCUGUUUGAUGCAAUACAAAAAGGUACAGGAGCACCGCCUUACCAAGGAAAGGUAGGUGCAGAUGAUAAAGAUGGGAUAGAUAUGGCAUAUAGAGUUUUAGCAGACCAUGCAAGAACUAUUACAAUUGCCCUUGCUGAUGGAGGUGUACCAGAUAAUACGGGCAGAGGGUAUGUGUUAAGAAGAAUCUUGAGACGCGCUGUACGUUACGCAACUGAAAAAUUAAAUGCUAAACCUGGUUUCUUUGGAACAUUGGUAAAUGUAGUUGUAGAACUUCUUGGUGAUGUCUUUCCUGAAGUAACAAAAGAUCCACAGUAUAUAAUUGAUGUGAUCAAUGAGGAAGAAGAACAAUUUCUCAAAACUUUAUCGCGUGGUCGUAAUUUAUUGAAUCGUACUAUAACAAAAUUAAGGUCGUCAAGUGUACUCCCAGGGGAUGUUGCAUGGCGUUUAUAUGAUACAUAUGGUUUUCCAGUGGAUUUAACGCAACUUAUGACCGAGGAAAAAGGAUUAAAGGUUGAUAUGGUUGGUUACGAGGAAGCAAGAAAACAAGCUCAGAUCAUUUCUCAAAGUAAAAGCGGUGGUGUGGAUGAUCAAAUUAACUUAGACGUUCAUGCGAUUACCGAAUUACAAAAUAAAGGAAUAAAACCCACUAAUGAUUUACCAAAAUACAAUUACACAGUUACCAAUGAUAAAUUAUACGAGGAAUAUGAAUUUGCUCCGUGUACUGGUACUGUAAUCGCUCUUAGACGUGCCAAGACUUUUGUUGAUGAUGUAUCCUCAGGAGAGGAAGUAGGAAUUUUGUUAGAUCAAACAAACUUUUAUGCGGAACAAGGUGGCCAAUAUACGACGAAGGAUUUUAGUUAAAGUGAUGAUGAAGACACCGAAGUUCGUAUAAAAAAUGUUCAAGUAAGAGGUGGCUAUGUCCUGCAUAUUGGAACGGUAGGGCAAGGAACAUUGAAAAAGAAUGACAAAGUUUACUUAAACGUAGAUACUACGCGAAGGAGGCUUUUAAUGAGUAAUCACACUGCAACUCAUGUUCUAAAUUAUGCACUUCGAAAAGUAUUGGGUACGGAAGUUGAUCAGAAAGGCUCUUUAGUUGCACCCGAUCGUCUUCGUUUUGAUUUUACAAAUAAAGGAGCAAUGACUGCAGAGCAGGUGAAAAAAGUAGAAGAAAUGACAAACAGCUUAGUAAAGGAAAAUAGGAAAGUUUAUGCUAAAGAAAGUAGCUUAGCACUAGCAAAGACUAUUCAAGGUUUACGAGCUAUGUUUGAAGAAACGUAUCCUGAUCCUGUGAGAAUUGUUAGCAUAGGUAUACCAGUUGAAGACUUGGAAAAAGAUCCUUUAGGUCCUAGCGCAUUGCAGACUAGCGUAGAAUUUUGUGGCGGAACGCAUUUGCAUUAUACAAAACAUAUUGAGGAUUUUAUCAUAGCCAGUGAAGAAGCUAUCGCUAAAGGUAUUAGACGUAUGGUAGCUCUUACUGGUCCUGAAGCAACAAAAGCUCAGAAGAAAGCAGCUGUAUUGCAAAACCAUUUGGAACAACUUCAAGCAACUAUAGCUAAUGAUAAGAAUGGUACCAAUACUAAAGAGACGUAAAAAAAAAUAAUUGAAUUAACAGAUGAUGUCUCGCGUGCUACGAUUUCAAGUUGGAAAAAAGAUCAUAUGCGUAAAAUGUUAAAAGAUUUAAAAAAGAUGCUUGAUGAUAAAGAACGUGCAGCAAAAACUGCAAUUGCCAAUUCAGUAGUAGAUACUGUUCAACGAAUAAUUCAAGCAAAUGUAGGAUGUCCGGUAUUGGUUGAAAUAUUGCAAGCAUAUAGUAACACAAAAGCUUUAGAUUCUGCCCUUAAAAAAAUAAAAGCCAUUUCUCCAGAGACAAGUGCAUUACUUAUAAGUGUGGAUCCCGAUGUUAAAAAGAUUUUUGCACUUAGCGCAGUAUCUAAGUCUGCCAUAAACAAAGGACUGAAAGCAAACGAAUGGAUCCAAGAAAUUGCUUCAUUUGGAAGGAAAGGGGGUGGAAAAGCUGAGUCUGCUCAGGCAUCGGGUACCAAUAUAUCAUGUUUAACAAAAUUAAUACAUACUGCAAAAAAUUUUGCUAAUUCAAAACUUGGAGUUAUAAGUAACAAUGAAAAUCUGACGAAUAACAUCUGCAGUCAGUUAAAAGCUAGUCAAAAUGCAAUGUGUUCUAAAACUUCAAAAGACAAAUUAAUACUUUCUGGUAAUAUUGGAAGUAUCAAAUAUUAUCGUGCUGAAAUAGUAGCGCAAUAUAAUGAUAAAGAAGUGAUAAUGAAGGAAUGUAAGAAUGACGGCACAAUUUCUAAUAACGUUAAAUUAGAAGGAAACGGUGUUGAACUAUCCGACAGCAAUGCAAUCUUUUACUUAGCAAAUGACCAAUUAAGAUGUUCAAACGAUCUUUUUAUGUCUAGUGAAGUUUUACAAUGGGUAAGUUACGCAGAUAAUCAUAUUCUACCGGCAGUAUUGGGGUGGGUUAUUCCAUGCAUCACGAAACAGGUACCAAAUAACGUGAAGGCAGGUAUGAAAACAUCCAAGGAAGAUCUUCUUUCUUCUUUAACCAAAUUAAAUAAUAUAUUGCUUACAAAAACUUAUUUAGUUGGAGAAAGAAUCAGCCUUGCAGAUGUUGCUAUUUUUACUGCCUUGGUACCGUUGUAUGAACAUUUAUUUGAUUCAGAAUAUAGGAUACAAUAUAAGAAUUUAACUAGAUGGUUUCUUACUAUUUUAAAUCAGCCACAAGUAACUAGCAUACUAAAAAAUUUUCAAAUGUGUGAAAAAGUUGUUAAACAUUAAAUGUUAAAAUAUUAUGUCUCUAAAGGAAUGAGUUUU